AUGUCACACAAAUGUCAGAAACAUCACAUUAACCGCGGCAUCAGCUUUAGCGUGGCCUGGUGGAAUGUAUUUCUGUAUCACUGUCUCUCAGAGACAGUCCUGCUGCUGUGACAACAAAUGUCAAUGUUUAACAUCCCCUUCCCCUCAGUCCUAACACCUAGGGGAGGAGAGGAGUGGCUACCUAGCUAGGAUUUGUAUUUGUAUACUGCAAUUCAGCUUCUAGCUGUGUACAUUAAAUAAAAUAAACUUAAUCUCCCUGUCCGGUCCACAGUGAACUCGGGGGACGGCAUUGACUACAGCUAGCAGAAGAGGGAGAACAUCGGAGACCUGAUCCAGGAGACCCUGGAGGUGUUUGAGCGCUACGGGGGCGAGGACGCCUUCAUCAACAUUAAAUACAUGGUGCCCACCUACGAGUCCUGCAUGCUCAACUGA